AUGUCCACGAGCAUCGAACAAGCGAUCUGCACCCUCGUGCGCCAGAACAAACCACUCGACAUCAUAAAUGUGCUCACAGCAUACCUGCACAUCGUCGGGUACAUCGAAGGUGCGGAUCUCACGGGCGUGCGUCUCGUCCCCGACGCAAUCAUCGCCUUCGAACAUGCGCUCGACAAGCAGCCCGUGCCCCGUGUCCGCUCGCCACGGGCCACGGCGCCGUUCACUGAGCGGCCGUAUGCGGUGGAGAUCGCGGAACUGAGGAAACAGUAUUGGACAGAGAUGAUGGAUAUAGGCGGGUUUUCGCGAUGUACGUGCGCGGCUUGCGGGCACCGAUUCACGUAUGUCCCUGAGGAGAUGAUAGGGGAAAACGAUGCGGUUCCGCGGCAGAAACGCGUCGGUGGCUUGCGCCGAAAGCCAAAGAGGAAGGGCAUCUCAAAGAACAGCACUACCUCGUUUGAUCCAUACGGCCCUUCGUCUAGCAGGGCAGUCGCCUGUUGA